CCGCCGCCCGCCCGCGCCGUGCUCGACUCCACCAACGCCGACGGCAUCAGCGCCCUGCACCAGGCCUGCAUCGAUGAGAACCUGGAGGUGGUGCGCUUCCUGGUGGAGCAGGGUGCCACGGUGAACCAGGCAGACAACGAGGGCUGGACGCCCCUGCACGUGGCUGCCUCCUGUGGUUAUCUGGACAUCGCUAGGUACCUCCUGAGCCACGGGGCCAACAUUGCCGCUGUCAACAGCGAUGGGGACCUGCCCCUGGACUUGGCCGAGUCGGAUGCCAUGGAGGGGCUGCUGAAGGCGGAGAUCGCCUACCGAGGUGUGGAUGUGGAGGCGGCCAAACGGGCCGAGGAGGAAUUACUGCUUCAUGACACCAGGUGCUGGCUGAACGGGGGUGCCAUGCCAGAGGCCCGGCACCCCCGAACGGGGGCCUCUGCCCUGCACGUGGCUGCUGCUAAGGGCUACAUCGAAGUGAUGAGACUGCUCCUUCAGGCUGGCUACGACCCGGAGCUCCGGGAUGGGGACGGCUGGACCCCCCUGCAUGCGGCGGCCCACUGGGGUGUGGAGGAUGCCUGCCGCCUGCUGGCUGAGCACGGUGGGGGCAUGGAUUCGCUGACCCACGCGGGGCAGCGUCCCUGUGACCUGGCUGAUGAAGAGGUGCUGAGUCUGUUGGAGGAGCUGGCCCGGAAGCAGGAGGAUCUGCGGAACCAGAAGGAGGCCUCCCAGAGCAGAAGCCAGGAGCCCCAGGUGCCUUCCAGCAGCAAACACCGAAGGAGCUCUGUGUGUCGUCUGAGCAGCCGAGAGAAGAUCUCCCUCCAGGACCUGUCCAAGGAACGCCGGCCUGGGGGUGCAGGGGGGCCGCCAAUACAGGACGAGGAUGAGGGAGAAGAAGGCCUCACCGGUGAGGGGCCAGUCUGGGUUUCUGAAUCUAGGAAGAGGAAGCUGGAGCCUGGACUCCUGGGGUUGGGGAAGGAGGGGCUGGGGGGCCUGGACUCCCAGGGUGUGACUCUGACCGACCUGAAGGAAGCAGAGAAGGUAGCAGGGAAGGCCCCAGAGCCAGAGAAGUUGAGCCUACAGAGCCUGGACCCAUCUGGGCGUCCCCGAAUCCCUGGGGUGGAGAACUCUGACGGCCCUGCCCAGAGAGGUGAGGUCUGCUUUCUGGGAUGA